AUGCAGUCAAAAACACGACUGGUAUCAAUCAUCGUUGGUAGCUCUAUAGCUAUCGCUUUCAUACUUUACGUCGUUAGCAAUGCCCUUCCUGAAUGGAGCAAAAUCUCCGAUGGAUCUGAUACACUGAAAUUGGGUCUUUGGCAAGGUUGCUUAUCUAUUAUCGGUGUUACCACAUGUUCCGAUAUUAAAUGUCCAGAAGCAGAUGAUAAUACUUCGUUUUGCAGGAAAGUACUAGCCGGUCGAGCUUUCAUGACAUUAGCCUGUAUCCUAUCAGGCAUUUGUGCUAUUUGUUUGAUCGUAUAUGCAGCUGUGGGUGACAAGGUACCUAAAAUUGUGCUUAUUGCAAGCAAAGUUCUGACAUUCGUUACGCUUAUUAUGGGCAUAACUGGUGUUGGAGUUGGUGGCAGUAUCUCACAAACACUGAAUGAAGCUGUCGAAGGAUACUCGUUGGGCGCAAGUGUAAUCAUUGGUAUUAUUGCUGUCAUUAUCAACCUUGGUGGCGCGAUUGCAUCACUCUUCAUUCACACUAUUCACUAUAACCAGAAUUUCUUCCGCAUCGAUCUACAUUCAAUAUCCUUGAUUGACAUCAGAAAACAAUGCAGGCAAGCAUUCGACUUGUGUCUAUUGUUGUUAGUGUUCUACUGGUAUGUCGUUCUAUCCAAGGAACUUAAUCAAACUGCCUUGUUUGCAUUGCAUAGGUUUUGGGCCAUUGCCGAAGGUAUUACUAUAGCAACUGGUCUGUGGCGAACGUGUGUAACUAGUGUUGGUACAACUGUGUGUGGCGACUUUAAAUGCGUAUCGGGUAGCGAUACGGCUGGUGCGUGCGAAAGAGUGAUGGCAGGCCGAGCUUUCAUGACAUUGGCUUGCAUCUUAUCUGGCAUCUGUACUAUAGCGUUUUUUAUUUUUGGAGCUAUGAAGGAUCGUCACCAUCGUUUAUUACUACUGUUCUUCAAGGUUCUCGGUUUCGUCUGUCUUGUCAUGGGUAGUAUCGGUGUAGGAGUCGGUGGUAGUAUUUUACAGGUACUAAAUGAAAAGGCGGACGUGUUCAGAUUGGGUGCAGCUGCAAUCUUAGGUAUUAUUGCUGUAGCUUUCAAUCUUGUUGCUGCUGUUGCAGCAUUAUUUGCUAAAGCCUCGCCGACAGGAAUACAAUACGAACAAUCGUAA